GACAGAUUUCCGUUGGCAGUUGUUAAGGGAGAAAACUGGACAUCCCAACCGACACUAGUUAUGUUUCUGGUCUAUUUUCUAAAUAUCUUCCUUAUUAUUCGUUUUUUACUUCUGAGAGGACUAAGAAAAUUGUCAUUUUCUCUGUUUGUGCCGUGUUUUGUCAGUUCAAAAACUGACAAGCACCUUACUUCUGUCCUCUUUUCAGUGCCAUUUAGAGUACCAGUUAUUUAUGGUGAACGGAACAAAACUGGAAAAAUAUUGGGCUGAUUACUCUUCUUACGACACUGCAUAGAGUGGGCGUAGUCCAUUCCUUUUACAUAGAGCAAAGGCAGUUGAAGGCAAGCAACAAUUCAACUGGAUUUUGUUUAGACACAAGAACUCAAAGCUAACCCUGAAGAUAUUCGUAACCUUGUUAACCUAUAAACUAAGCGUGAUGUCAACACGAAAGCAGUAGCAUGAAACAAAGAGGUUUUUUUAGAAGGGGGACACAUACAAUUCAAGCGCAAGUCGUAGCCUACUAUUGAAACAAAGCAAGACAUAGACAGACUCAUAGAAGUGGCGAUUAAUCACUGAAGACUCGUCACUGCCACGUCACAAUUUCUUUCUUUCCAAAGGGUUCUAUUUACUUCAAACUUGGUUGUGUUCAAUUGUACUUCAUAGAAAUAGGAAUUUUAUAAAGACUAGCUUAUCUUUAAAGUUUAGAACUCCACUUUGAAAUCAAUAUUGUGAAGAGUCUUCCCAAACCAUAUGUACUUAACUGAUAGUGAAUACUUGCCUUACAGAAACAAAACUUCAAGACAGUUGACAUUGAAAAAUUAGAUUUGCUAAACCAGAUAGAGAGGGGCUACGAUAUAUUUAAAUAUAUUAGAAGUGCGCCUU